CAUACAGUCUGUUUGGGAUAGGUGACUGGGGUCAGCUCCAAGAUGGCGGCGCCCGUGCGAGCUCUUACCCGCUGCCGCUUCGCGAGCACUACUGGGCUAUGGAAGGCUGUUAACCAUGAAGCCAGGCGAUCAAACCACACAAAUUCCUCCGGAAAGGAGACCCAUUUUGGGUUUCAGACUGUGUCCGAGGAGGAGAAGGGAGAGAAAGUGUACAGGGUGUUUGAGAAUGUUGCAGAGAAAUAUGACGUCAUGAAUGACUCCAUGAGCCUGGGAAUACAUCGGCUGUGGAAAGACUGGCUGGUACGUCACAUGAACCCAAUACCAGGAACUAAACUUCUAGAUGUGGCAGGUGGAACAGGUGAUAUUGCCUUCCGCUUUGUGAAUUACAUCCGUGCUCAGAAGGAGAAGAUGAUUAGGCAAAAGCUGAAAGCCCAGCAGACUCUGUCGUGGUCGGAGAUCUCCAAGACCUACCAAGAACAGGAGAUGGGGUCCUUAGGGGCAUCUCAGGCUGUGAUAUGUGAUAUCAAUAAAGAGAUGCUAAAGGUCGGGAGGCAGAAAUUACUAAAACUGGGUUAUUCAGAAGGCCUCUCUUGGGUAGCUGGCAAUGCCGAAGAGUUGCCUUUUGCCGAUGAUACGUUUGACGUGUAUACUAUUGCCUUUGGAAUUCGUAAUGUGACCCACAUAGACCAGGCAUUAGAAGAAGCAUACCGUGUGCUUAAACCAGGAGGAAGGUUCUUAUGCCUGGAAUUCAGUCACGUGGACAACCCUCUUCUAGCUAGGGUGUACGAUCUAUACAGCUUCCAAGUGAUCCCAGUACUUGGGGAAGUCAUCGCCGGUGACUGGAAAUCCUAUCAGUAUCUUGUAGAAAGCAUCAGGCGAUUCCCUCCUCAGGAGGAAUUUAAAAGCAUGAUCGAAGAUGCUGGCUUUUUCAAGGUCAACUAUCACAACCUAACCUCAGGGGUUGUAGCCGUUCACUCCGGCUUUAAAUUAUGAUACAGCCUACUGAAAUUUAUUUGUAAUUUAACAAAUCUUAUCACUUGCAAAGUUUAAAACUGGUAUUUAAUUUGCCAAUGCCUUUUCCUAAUAAAAAAAAUAUAUAUAUAUUUAUAUACAUGUGCCACAGCAGAAGCUCAUUUCCUUUAGCAAUACAAUAUUAAUUGUCAAGUUAAAGCACAGAGCAGAUUAUUCUGUUAACUCUUCUCUCCUCUGAAAAUAUAAAUCAACGAAGGGAAAAUAAUAAUAAUAAAAAAAAAACCUUAAGUAUGUAUGGCUAACAGAUAAGCACCUGCUUUCAGCUACUUAAGUAUCCUCGGGAAUAAUACACCACUUUAAAAAACAGACAAAAAGAAGGAUGCCGUUAUUAAAAAGAAACAUUUAAUAUUUAGGAAAAAAAAACAUAGAAAAUAAAUACAUUUUUUUUUGUAAGUUUUUGGAAAACUGCUUUGUAACUUUUAUGAAAACAAGUCAGCACAAUAGGGUUCCAGUC